GUUCAGGAGAGCGUAUCAAAUCUCCUGGAACUGGAGUUACUGAUGGUUGUGAGCCACCAUGUGGGUGCUGGGAAUCAAACCUGGGUCCCCUUGCAAGAGCAACAAAUGCUCUUAACGGCUGAGCUGUCCUGUCUCUCCACCUCCGAGACAAUGAACUUUGAACAGCAGUGCCCUCCGGCUGAGCAGCAAGCGGAAGCAGUCCAGGGAGCAGCAGUCCUGUGUGUCCUGCUGAGAUGAGCCAGCCAGCUUUCAAAGCCAGGAGCCGCCACACACUCCCCUUUCUCUGCCAUUAACCUUGUAACAGAACUUAGAGGCAGAGAGGAGCAACAGAUGUCACUCUGGUUCACCUGGUCAAAGCCCAACCCUGCCUCUCUAAGCGCAUGCCCUGAGGAUGUUUAGCUCCACCUCCCCAAACCCCCACUGCAAUCAGUAUAGCUUUCUGUGGCCCUUCCUUGGCCUGGCCUGUGGCUGAGGCUUGUGGAACUAGGAGGCAGAGACCUGUUGCUAAUGCUUUGGUUUUAGAAGCAUUCCUGGGGGAGGGGGUUAUCAUGGUGUGUUGGUUUUGGAUUUUGUUUUGCUUCCUGCUUGCUUUGGAAGAAGUGACCCCUAGAUUUUGCCAUCUACUGUUGAGACUCUCUUUAAUAGCCGCCCCCUCCCCCGCCUGUACUCCUUUUCAAACAGCAGCCAUUUGCCUGCCUGCCCUGUCCUCUGAAGUCCCUGAAGGGCAGCUGGCCUUCUGCUCCACGCUGAGGCCUCCUAGCUCAGUCCUUAUCGUCAAGGGUACAUCCAGGACAGAGCCCUGUGAGACCCGGUUGUAAGGCCUUGCUGAGGUGUCCCCCCAUACAUAGCCUGGGCGGGUCUUCACUGCUGUUCUCCGUGAGAGAAAGAUGCUGAGUCCUGGUCUCCCAGCACUCAAGAGGCUGAUGGUGUUGGAAAGAAGGAAGGAAGGGGAGAUGAAGUGGGCCGUAGCAUCUCCAGGCUCCCACUGUUACACUCCCCUCGGGCUUCAGACCCUCGCCCAGGUCUCCACAGCUGCUCAGAAGCUCCAUCCCUGAGUAGUCAAUGCUCCCACAGUGUAGGGGACCAACUUCAAGACCUUGCUAGAGUCAAGGCCCAGGCAAUAGCAGGACGGUCAGCAGGGUCAGAAAAUGGCCCUUCAUGGGUAGCUGACCUUGUCCUGUGGAGCGGAAGCUACUGGGUCCUUCCACAACGCCAACAUCUGGCCAGCUCUAACUAUACUAUCCCUGAUUCUCCAUACCCCCUCCCCCUCCUGCUCUGGUGUCCAGGGUGACCAGAGCUGCCUCUGGGCAGGAAGCCAGCCCAGAAAGGCCAGGACAUCCCUCAGUGCCUGUCACUAUGGCAACAUGCCCGCUCUGCCCCCUUCCAAGUCCAGUACCAUUUUCUCCCCAAACUCAGGAGCUCAGAAUGGGACGGGCCUUCUAGAUCAGUCGAUUCCAGCCCCUCCCCUUGUCCCAAAUGGAGAAACUGAGGCCCAAGAGGGAAGGGACGGGGGUGGGGGUGGGAUCCUGUUGAUCAAGGGCCUACCCCCAACCUGUCCCUUUCUCCCUCCCUGCUUCCUCUUCCUCAGUGUCCUUGGAGUGGAGUGGGAGGUACAAAAGUCCGAGAGCCUGGAGGAGGGGGCGGUGCCACCCACACCUACCCUCAUGCCAUGAUGGCGCAGGUGGCGUCCCAGGAACCUGACACCCAUGAUGAAUAAAUGAUGCGGGCUCAACCGCCCGCGGCCAGAAUCCUCUGCCGCCGCCACCACCGUCACCGCCUGCCGGUGGCCAGGGGCAGUCACCUGGCAGCCCUGUGCAUCAGCCCCCUGCUCCCAGGACCUGCACCGGAGCGCGCGGCGGGAGAACAUGGCCGGGCGGCGGAGAGGCGCGGGGCGACUCUGGGCUCUGGGCGGCGCCGCGCUGGGGGCUUGCCUGGCGGGGGUCGCCACGCAGCUGGUGGAGCCCAGCACGGCCCCACCCAAGCCCAAGCCACCCCCACUGACCAAGGAGACCGUGGUGUUCUGGGACAUGCGCCUGUGGCACGUGUCAUCACACUGUGCUGUGUGUUCAACUGCCGUGUACCACGGACACGGAAGGAGAUUGAGGCCCGGUAUCUGCAGCGAAAGGCGGCCAAGAUGUACACGGACAAGCUGGAGACCGUGCCUCCCCUUAAUGAACUCACAGAAAUCCCUGGAGAGGAUAAGAAGAAGAAGAAGAAGAAGGACAGUGUGGACACGGUGGCUAUCAAGGUAGAGGAGGAAGAGAAGAACGAGGCAAAGAAGAAGAAAGGAGAGAAAUGAGGAAAGCAUCCUGGUGGUGGCAGCUGGGGCUGGCAGGCCUUGAAGCCCAAGUUCAGGCCAGGAUCCAGGCACCAGGACUCCACGUUGAUCCAUGGACCACAGAGGCUAUGGUCUGAGAAGCCAAGGCCAUGGCCGUUACGUCAUGGCCCAAAAGGUGCAGGGACAAGACUUGACGAGUGUCCACCUGGACUCUGUUCCUUUCACAUCACCUGUCUGGGCACUUGUCUCAGGCCACUGUCCCUCUGCAGAUAUAGAGUGCCCUUGGACUCCUCCCCACAUCCAGACAGGCCUCUGGCCCACCCUUUUGGCCAGGGGCAGAGGUGGCCGUGAAGGAGUCAGAGAUUGGCGGUUUCGGAUGGCAGGAUCGAACAGAUUGUGUAUGAACUCGUAAGCAUGGAGGGCGGGCCGACGGGGAGCUUCUGACAUGAGAGUCUCUGACAUAGCUAGAUAGCAGCCCUGAUAGCAAGGAAAUUACCCCAGGCUUGGCAGGAAUCUGUCCCCGGCUGCCAAAGUGGCCCCUUUAUCAGGAGGGUUCCUGACCUGGCAGAUGCUAAGCUCUGAAAACAAGAUGACAAUGUGUAGAGCUGGGGCCGCUGAGGGGCUGGCAUGAGGCCGAGCCUAAGGUCUUCUGGCUCAGCAAUAGUGUUUGAAAGACAAGAGGGCUGAGGCCGGGGGGCUGAGUGAGAAAGCCUGGGUCUCCCCAUGGCCUGCUGAGUACAGCAGUGUGCAGUUCCUCUUUGGCCAUGUCCCCUACCGAAAGAGGCGUCUCUGCCGAGAAGACUAUUCAAACGCCAUUGAGGGGUUGGCUCUAGAGGAGAGAGAUGUACGAGGCGCUUCCAACAUCAAAAUGAGGAGCUCUGACCAGAGCUGGGGACGGAGACUCUGGGAAAGUUUUCCAGGAGGGAAGCCUGCUAGAAAGGUGUCCUGAAGAGAUCUGUCAACAAAGCUGGGUGUCUGCUCAGCCCCAGACAAAUAAAACUUCAACCUGA